AUGACUUCUUCUCUACCCUCGGCGCUGCAGUCGAAACCUCGGCAAAAGCGCUCUGUACAAGCAUGUCUCACCUGCAGAUCCCGAAAGGUCCGAUGCGACGUCUCUCGACAUGGCCAGCCCUGCACAAACUGUUCCCUCGAUGAGAAGGAGUGCCGCAUAUCUCAAGGCAUGGCUGUUUGGAACCCAGUCAACUCCAGAGCCAAACGACGAGCUUCACAGCAGACCAAUGAUUCAAUAGUUGUCGAGGACAGCGCGCCCAAGUCAGCAGCAGCCAAGAACAUCAACAUUAUUGAUCCUAUUGCAAUACCGGAAACAACAAGCUCACUGGACUUCCUCCAGCAGGCGGACGUUACUGCUCCGUGGCGCUCAGCGUCUAUCGAAAUUCCCGACUUCAACGAUUUGCUACACCCGACGUUCUCAUUGUCUGGGGAGCAGCCAAGUCUGCCAGGUUUCUUUGGUACACAACUCACCUCCUUUGCAAAGUGUCAAAGUGCUGACGUUCCACCAGCCAACCUCUCGCAGUAUCAAUAUGAUGCAGGAGCCUUCUUGCCAAUAGAGUCGGCGGUAUCUCCCUUGGAUAGGCCGUUGAAGGCAGACAGGGAGCUAGUUAUGUACUCACAUUAUCGAUUUCUGUCAGCUGGCAACAUUCACGCCAUUCCACAUCAAGACGUCACCUAUCUAGAGGCUCAAGGGUGUCUCCAUGUGCCGAUAGCCCCGAUUCUUGACGUUUUCAUGUCCAAGUACUUUGCACAUGUCCACCUAUUCCUUCCACUCAUCGACGAGGGAGACUUUUGGGACAUGUAUUCUCAAUCAAGCCAAUUCAACCACACGAUUUCGCUCUUUGUCAUGUAUGCCAUGCUUUUUUCCAGUUGCAAUUUUGUGCCCGUUGAGUACCUCAAAAGGCUGGGGUAUUCUGACAUCCAUUCUGCCCGGGCUGAUCUUUAUCGCAAAACAAAGCUACUAUACGACCAUGACAUCGAAUCCGGGCAUUUGCCCCUCGCCCAAGGAGCAUUGCUCUUGAUGAAUUGGGUCCCCAACGUUCCUGUCCACACGUCCCCAAAUCCUUGGAAGACCUGGCAUGGUCUUGCUUUUCGCCAUGCUGACAGUAUCAGCGCGCAUCGUUAUGCGAGGGCGGCCGACGUGUCUAUCUCAGCUUCUCCCUCGCAAAAGCGCUACUUCAGAUCUGUGCGCCGACUUUGGUGGUGCUGUAUUAUCAUGGACAGACUUUCACCUCUAUGUACACGAUUCCGUCCUCAACUCACCCCGGAAUCGUUGGCGUUAGAUACCUAUGUUCCUCUAGAUAUACUCGCUAUUGCAUUUCCCUAUGAGUCAAAGGUUGAGAUAACCCCUGAAUCAGCCAUAGGCAGCGAUGCCCAGGUUCAGAAGUCCCGGCGCUCACUUGCGGACUGGUAUGAGUCGGCAACCAUCAACUUUCCUUUGUUCGAUGGCCAAGACCGAGAUCGUCGUUUCGAUACAAGGGACCCGUCCAAUAGUGUCAUCCUCUACACGAACCUCAUGUAUAUCUAUUACCACCAACGAUUAACACAGCCCGACCGAGAGGCAGUCACAGAUUGGGGCCAAAUCCUCAUCAAGUAUCCAGACACGUAUCUGAGACUUACAUGGACGGUUGAUUUGUGUAUCAGCCGGGGGAAGGUUCCUGAAGAUCAGGACUUCCCAUUGUGUCUCCGCAAUGGAUCCGAUAAAGGACGGGCGUCUCUUGACUCUAGAGACAAAUUUGACGCCUGCCAAUACCUGGACGCAUCGAGUGAAGGGAGUCCAUCUGAUCUGGACCGGAUUUUGGGCAUCGCUCCUCAGCGACCUCGGCGACAGGCGCAUCGGAUCCCUGCUAAUCGUCGUCAUAGCGUCAAUCGUCUUGAUAACUUGACAACACCAGAGAUUAGGAGGCCUAGAACUGGCAUUGGAGAGCCAAAGGUGCCUGAAUCUGACGUCGGCGGAUUUCAAGACGACAGCAAAACUGCAUACGGUCUUUCUUUGACACCAACUCCUUCCGACGACCCAAAUGAUCCGCUGAACUGGACGCAAAGGAAGAAGAACAGUAUUCUGUUCCUCGUCGCCGCAUAUUCCUUUCUAGCCAAUGGUGCUUUAUUCGGCCCAAGCGUCUAUGUCGGCCUCCUCGCUCAGCGCUUUAAUAAAUCUACCAGCGAGACAUCACAGCUGGUAAAAAUCCAAAUCUUCUCUUCGGCUUCGUACUGCAUUGGUCUGUUAGGUUGUGCUCUAUCCCAAUCCUACAAUGUCCUGAUGGGCUUUCGAAUGGUGCACGGUUUGGGCUCAUCUGUUUGCGAAGCAUUACCAGCGCAAGCUGUGGCUGACGUCUUCUUUCUUCACGAGCGAGGAAAGGCCCUAGGCUGGUAUACCUUUGCACUUACAACUGGAACUCUAAGUGCUACUGCUGCUAGUUACAUGUUGUCGAGCGGAUUAUCGUACAAUCUAUUCUUCUGGAUAGAAUUUGCUCUCGGGUGUGUCCUCUUCCUCGCCACUCUCGCCUUUUUCGAGGAAACAAUGUAUCUCGAGAAACGCCAACCUCGUUCGCCCUCCUGUCAACGACCAAUUGACGCCGAUUCCAUCAAAGACGAACCACAAGGGACUUCGGAGUGUAGGGAGUCUAGGCUUGAGGAGUCCGUAACAGUCCCGCCAAGGAAGACCUAUUUGGAACAGUGCAAGAUCUUUGGAAAGACGGACCCCAAUACUCCGGUAUUCAUGAUGAUGGAGAAUACCGGCCUCGUGGCAAUAUCAUCAUUUGUCGGCUAUUUAUUAGCAGCAGCACCAUUUAGUACCGUCCCGGAUCGAGUCUCUGCAUGGCUUACUCGUAAGAAUAACAAUAUUCACGAAGCCGAGUACCGUCUCUGGUGUCUAGCGGUUGUCUUUUUCGUCUCUCCGGCAGCACUCAUUCUGUACGGAUAUUCUGCAGGAAACCACUUGCAUUGGUUCGGACUUGUCUUUGCUGUGGGAAUGUUCCAAUUUGGAGCUUUCUUCUAUCUCACUUACACCCUCGCAUACGCCAUGGACUCUUAUGAAGCCAGGAUCCCCGAAAUGCUGAUUGCGAUGAACCUGGGCAAACAGUCCAUCUCGUUUGCUUUUGGUUACAAAGUUAUCGACUGGGUCCAAGCCUAUGGCUAUAUAAAGGUAUUUGCAGGCAUAUUCUGCGGUGCAUUAACCAUAAAUAACCUUUUCGUUUUUGUCUUUCUGGUUUUCGGAAAAUGGUCUCGACGUUGGCUCAGCACCACUGCUCUCUCGAAGAUGCACAGAGAGAGCAUGGAUUAA